GUAUAUAUAAAUGUGAAUUUACCUUUUGAGUUCUGUGAUUGGUUUCCUGAUGCCUGUUCCUUUGCUGUGAAUUAUUAACCAGUAUUGGUUGAGCGAUCAGCUUGGAAUCGGGCUUGCUCAUCAUCCGAUUGGAAACUGGCCUGGCAGUCCACUGAUGUUACCAGGCACUGGAUGAAAAGCUGCAGUGAACUGAUUAUAAACCAGUUUCUCCAGGUCAGGUGGAUACCAUAUUAGUGACUUCAGUGUCUCCAUUUGGAAUAGAUGGAAGUAUUAUGAAUUGGACAAAAUGCCUUUGACACCCAGUUACCAUGAAGGCUGAUAACUUACAGGCAACAGAGUGUCAGUUGGACAAUGUGUGUUACAAUUCGCCAAAUGCCAGCUGGUCUGUCAACCUGCUGUCAGAGAAUGUACAGAAGCCACAAUAUGUGAUAGAGGGUUCAGGCAGCGAUGGACAUCUGCCAUCAUCAGUGACCGUGACCAGCAGUAUUUCUAGUGAUAUUCCAAUCUGCAGAAUUUGCCACGAACCCAGUGAUAAAGAGAGCCUUCUCUCGCCAUGCGAGUGUGCUGGGACUCUGGGGACAGUUCAUCGCAGUUGUCUCGAGCAAUGGCUUGCAGCUUCCUGUUCCAAUCACUGUGAAGUAUGUCACUUUGAAUUUGCUUUGGAGAGAAUGCCGAGACCACUGACAGAGUGGCUGAAGGAUCCUGCCCUGCAACAAAAGCGGAGAAUGCUGUGUGGAGACAUUAUCUGUUUUCUUUUCAUUACUCCAUUGGCCAGUUUGUCAGGCUGGCUGUGUGUUCAAGGAACUGUUGACCAUUUUUACUUCAGUAGUAGUGUAGAAGCAGUUGGACUUCUUAUCCUUUCAGCUGUUCUAAUUACAAUCUACCUACUUUGGACUACAGCUUCUUUUCGAUAUCACAUUCGACUGCUCAAAGAAUGGAGACGGACCAACCAGAAUGUGAAACUGCUCAUUCCAAAAUCACAAGUGUUAUUUGGUAACAAACCCAAUCUUCCAGCUCAAAAUUCAAGCAUAAUUGUUUCUAAAGAGACUAUUGUCUAACUUUUGAAAAGAAUUGCCUUGAAUGCGGAGAUGUACUAUGCUGGCAGGAGGGACCAAUCUUCUGAGUUGUUGUAGAAACUAAGAAGGAUGUAUUAUUUAGUAAUGCGAAGAUGGGCAAGAAAUGUAAGCAGUUUACUGUGACUUUUCAAUGAACAAGGCUAGUUCCCAAUCAGCUUGUGGUAUUUGUACUGGGGACUGUUUACUAUUACCUUUCUAAUGGUAGGAAAGGCAAAGAUGAAUGUUUUGAAUUGGUGGAAAACCCAUUGUUCUUUUUCCCUUUCGUGUGAAUCCCUGUUUUACACUCACCAAAAAUAGAUAUGUAAUUCUUUAUAACUUCUGAGAGUUCUCAUGUUAAUUGAUCAAACAGCUUAUGCUGUUUUUUUUUGGGAGUGGGGGCUGGGGGAAAUGUACUUUUCUCCUUGAGAAAACAAAAAUGACCAGGAAGUAGCUGACCCAACAAGCUGAUCUUCAUUCAGAUAUGGAGCUGCUAAAUCCUGUGGCAUGGUGUCUUCUCAAAAGAUUUUGCUGCAACUGGUACCUUCCCUGGCUUAGGCAUCACAUUGGUGAGAAUGGACAGUCAGCAAGCACAAUGCUCCAUUUAGACCCUUACCGUCCAUCCAUAACUAUCUUCAAAGCAUUUAAACAAUUUAUUACAUGUCACACGCUGGAACAGUAAUGAACAAAAAAAAUUGCUUAUAGGUCCAAGAGGAAGUGUGUAUUUUUUCUCUCCUUCGAAAUGAAAACUUUGCUUGUCUGAAUGAACCACAAGCCCAGGGAAAUAGAAAUUUCAAAAUGACAUUUAUGAAUUAUCCAAGGAUUUGUUAACCACAUUAAUCUUUCAUUUUAAUCCUGGUUUCAAAUUCAUGUUGAUGGCAAAACAAGAAUUAUUUUGGGUUCCACUGGCUAUUGCUCUGUAAGUGAUUAAUUAAUUUUUAAAAUGCUGAAGUGAUUCAUAUUGCUCAAUUUUGCAGCUUCUUUAGCCAGGUUCUGGAUGGUGAACCUUGUCAGGAACAUGACCACUUUAGCCACAGUAGCUUUGCAAUCACGCAUGGUGACAAAGGAACACCCAAUAGGCAUGUAAAUAAUUUGCAUUUUAUUGCCAUUAAAAUAAAUAUUGACAUUCAAAGUGGUUUAAGACUAAAAAUAGUGUGAAAGUGGAUUGUUUUUUGUAUAUGUGAAUGAUAACUUGAAAAUAAAUGUCAAAAUAGCCAUGGAAAA